AGCUAAGUCCAUACAUAGACUUUGCCAGCAUACUAUUUUGUUUUCAUUAUGUUAAAAAUGGUAAUAAAUGCUGUCAUUCCAGUGUCUGGCCAAAUCUAGCAUGGAUGUUGACGACUGCAAUGGCCAGUCGUACAUGUCAGUUAGUGGGGAGUCGUCAAUGGAAAGAGAAUUUUCGGGGGGUGUUGGGGGUCCGACAGUGAGUACCCCAAACAGCAAGGAAGCUUCUCCUCACCGCUCCCUCAGUGCAAACUCCAUUAAAGUGGAGCUGUACAGUGAUGAAGACCCCGGUCCGAGUAACGAGGACGAGCGAGUGGAGCGCGUAGAGGAAGGAGGUACUGAUCAGGGCUCGACGGAGGCUGCGGGGGCCUACAGGGAGCUGGCCAACCAUGAAAGUAUCAGGCUGCCCAACGGGAAGCUGAAGUGUGACAUCUGCGGCAUGAUCUGCAUCGGGCCCAAUGUUCUCAUGGUGCACAAACGCAGCCACACGGGUAAAAACCAGUUGGUUUCUCCAGGUGAGCGGCCAUUCCAGUGUAAUCAGUGUGGCGCCUCCUUCACUCAGAAAGGUAACCUGCUCCGUCACAUCAAGCUGCACUCUGGGGAGAAGCCCUUUAAAUGUCCUUUCUGCAGCUACGCCUGUAGAAGGAGGGACGCGCUCACCGGCCACCUCCGCACUCACGCAGUGUCCUCUCCAACUGUGGGGAAGCCUUACAAGUGCAGUUACUGCGCUCGCAGUUAUAAGCAACAAAGCUCCUUGGAGGAGCACCUGGAGCGAUGCUACAACUACUUGCAGAGUGUGGAGUCCAAGCAGCACAACAGCGCUCAGAACGCAGGAGAGGAGAUGAGGGAGAUGGAGUUCAUACCAGACGCCUCCUCAGACAAGAUGACUUUUAUUGAUCGGCUCGCCGGCAACGUCACCAAACGCAAAAGAUCCAUGCCCCAAAAAUUUGUAGGACAAAAGCACAUUCGUGUCAGUCUUGGAAUUGCACCUUAUGACAACGGAGAGACACAUCCAGGAGACCUGGAGGUCCUGCAUGUUCCUGGUCCUGGAGGAGGAGGAGGCGGUGGCGGAAUGGUGGACACACUUCAGCCUCUUCACCUCCCUACUAGUCACCCACCAUGCCUCACCGAACUCCGGUCCAUCCACGGCGCGGCUCACACGCCGGGCGCUUUCAGCCUGGGGCUGGACUACACAGGCGGCGGGCCGGGCGGCGCCGGAGUGGGGCGAAGGGAGGCGGCAGAGGGCCACGAGGACCUUCCGAUGGGGCGAAGCUCGCCCAGCAACGGUUGCCAGGACUCUACGGACACGGAGAGCAUGCCGGACGAGGUGUGCAACAGCAACAACGGCCACCACGUCGCCCCUCCCCCGCACUACAAGAGGCACGGUCACGCCAAAGACCGGGAGAUGAAAAGGGAGGACGGAGGCUACCAUGCGCCCCCUGCCCCGGGCCUUGCCCCGGCGCCCAGUUCACCCGCGGCGCCCUCCUCCACCUCCAGGGAGACCCUCCGCGUGGUCGAUGGCGAGGGGCGGACGGUGCGCUGCUUUCGCUGCGACCACUGCCGCGUGCUCUUCCUGGACCACGUCAUGUUCACCAUCCACAUGGGCUGCCACGGCUUCCGCCAGCCCCUGGAGUGCAACAUCUGCGGCCACCGCAGCCGAGACCGCUACGAGUUCUCCUCGCACAUCGUCCGCGGCGAGCACAUCCUGGACUGAGGACGAGGGCCCGGCGGGGGGGGGGUUUUGGUCUGCGCCGCACGUAAGGCAUGUUUUGGGGAACGCUUAGUACUAUUACUCGGAACGCACUUUCAACACUUUCCCGUCCGCACGUGUGCCUUGCUCCCAAAUUGAGGAUUCGCACCUCGCGCACAUUCUAGUGGUAAAAGAGAUGUAAGCACUUUAAAUAUGAAGUCAACAUGAAGAAGACCUCAUUUCCCCACAAAGCUCAAGUUUACGACAGGCUGGGAAAAAAAACAUGCAGAGAAUAGAAGUGCAGACCAAAACCAGGAGUCCAAAGUCCUCACCUUUUUUUAUAAGUUGUCUGUGAAACUUAAAAGCACUUUUUGUGGAGGGAGUGACGUGCUUUUUGUCGUCUUUCCGCAAGUGACAGUAACGAGUACUUUGAAGACCUUUGUUUGGAUGAAUUGUGUGUGAUUUCUUUUAUUACUGCUUUUGUUGCACUGAUACCUGCCAGGAGGUCCUGGUUUUAUUAAAGUCUUUUAUAGAAUGACAGUCA